GUGCAUUCAUUCACAUCCUGUCAUUCCUCCCUCUGACCGAUCUACAUACCCUCAUUCCGGCCACUAUGUCCCCCUCGCCCCCCGUACGCAUGCCCCGUGUCAUCCUCGUCCGGCACGGCGAGACUGAGUGGUCGCUCAGCGGCCAACAUACAGGAGAGACGGACAUUCCCCUCACCGCUCACGGGGAAGAGGUCAUGGCACGCUUGGCACCCACCUUCGUUGGCGUCAACAGCCCAGAGGGAGACAAGCAAGAUCGUCGCUUUACCGUCGACCCCACUAGGAUCAGCCAUAUCUGGACGAGCCCACGUACUCGAUCAAGGCGGACCUUGCAGCUACUCCUAGCCCACCUCACAGAGCACGAACUCGCAAACGUCGUCCAGCCAGAAGUAAAGCCCGAAUGUCAGGAAUGGCGUUAUGGCUUCGCAGAGGGACGUAAGACCGGGGAGAUCAGGCAGGAAUGGCCAGGAUGGGAUAUUUGGGUUGACGGAACCAAAGACCAUGCUACUCGUCCUGAGCUCAAGGGAGAGUCGGCAGAGGAUAUGACAAAGAGGAUUGAUGGGACUAUCGCUGAGAUCAAGAGGUUGCAGAAGGCCGUCAUCGAAGGCCAUCCCGAGAGGACGCAUGAUCAAGCGGUGAUGCAGAAGGGGGGCGAUGUCAUGAUUGUCAGCCAUGGGCAUCACAGCCGCUGCUUCAUCACCCGCUGGCUCGGCCUGCCUCUGACCAACGGCCGUCUCUUUGAGAUGGACGCAGGAGGCGUGUGCAUUCUAUCGUACGCGCACCACAACUUCGAUGAGCCAACGAUCGCAGGCAUGUUCUCCUCAAAGACUGGCCCGUCCCCCACUGUAUCCGUCUCCCCCUCCAACCCCUCCGGCCAGCCUACCGCCUCAACACCUCAUGAAGAACAACAGUACCUUUCCCUCAUCUCUCGCGUCAUCAAUCACGGCCAGCCGCGAGCAGACAGAACAGGCACAGGCACUCUCGCCCUCUUUGCUCCUCAGCCAUUCAAGUUCGAUCUCACCAACAACCGACUUCCCCUGCUCACGACGAAGCGCGUCUUUUGGCGAGGCGUAGUUGAAGAGCUCCUCUGGUUCGUCGGCGGCUGUACAGACGCGAAGAAGCUCGAGGAGCGAGAUGUCCACAUCUGGGAUGGCAAUGGAUCGCGUAGCUUCCUAGACUCGAGGGGACUGCAGCAUCGACGGGAGGGCGACCUCGGACCAGUGUACGGCUUCCAGUGGCGCCAUUUUGGUGCUGCCUACGAAGAUGCGGAUGCUGAUUACGCUGGCAAGGGGGUGGACCAGUUGAAGGAGAUCGUCGAGACGAUCAAGAAGAAUCCGACGGACAGGAGAAUGGUGAUGAGUGCUUGGAAUCCGAAGGACCUCCCUCUGAUGGCCCUUCCACCCUGUCACAUGUUUGCUCAGUUCUACGUGACUCUGCCCACGAAAGAGGGCGGCAAACCCGGCCUCUCCUGCCAAAUGUACCAACGCUCCUGCGACCUUGGGCUAGGCAUCCCAUUCAACAUCGCAAGCUACGCCCUCCUCACGCACAUGAUCGCGCACGUUACUGGUUGCGAGGCGAGAGAGUUGACGCUGGUCAUGGGGGAUGCGCAUGUGUACAAGGAUCACGUCGAUGGGCUCAAAGAGCAGCUGACUAGGACGCCUAGGAGUUUCCCGACUUUGGGGAUCAAGAGGCAAGUAGGAGAUGUGGAUGGUUUCAAGGCGGAGGACUUUGAGGUGAUUGGGUACCAGCCGCACAAGAAGAUUGAGAUGAAGAUGAGCGUGUAGGCUGGCCCAUCAUGUAGAGCGAGGGAAGCGAUUAGUUGAAG